AUGUCAACCCAUCUACUGGCUGACUGGCUGGGUAGCAACACUCUGAGGGUGUCUGCUGCCCUCUUUGCAGAGAACCGUUGACGACAGGAGCUGAAAGCCAAAGAUGGAUUGUUGUCAGAGUCAGUGGUGGUGCUUCAGGGAGGAGAGCAGACGCAGAGGUACUGCACCGACGCAGACGUCCUCUUCAGGCAGGAGUUUUUCUUCCACUGGACUUCUGGAGUGACCGAGCCUGACUGCUACGGAGCCGUCCAUGUGGACUCUGGGAAAUCCAUUCUUUUUGUUCCCAGACUGCCUGAAAGCUAUGCUUUGAUUAUGGGUGAGAUCUGUUCUAGAGAACAUUUCAAGCAGGAGUAUGCUGUUGAUGAGGUGCAGCACACCUGUGACAUUGCUCAUGUCCUGUCUGACCUGAAACCAGCAGUUCUCCUAACACUGUUAGACAGGCCACCUGUAAGGGUCAGAAAGGAAGGAAGUCUGUUUGACAUGGGUAGAGAGUACUACUGCGACACCUCAGACAUCACCUGCUCCUUCCCAGCCAACGGCAAGUUCACUGCAGACCAGAGGGCCAUCUAUGAGGCCGUCCUAAAAUCCUGCCGCACUGUCAUGGCUGCCAUCAAACCAGGUGUGAAGUGGACUGACAUGCACCGCCUGGCUGACAAGGGUCACUUGGAGGAGCUGGUGAAGAUCGGCAUCCUGCACGGCAGCAUGGAGGACAUGAUCAAGGUCCACCUGGGCCCCGUCUUCAUGCCCCAUGGCCUGGGACACCUGCUGGGCAUCGACAUGCACAACAUGGGAGGCUACCCUGAGGGGGUGGAGCGUAUUAACGAACCUGGACUGAUGAAUCUCCUGAUGGGCCGCCUAGUGCAGGAGCGGAUGGUCCUCACCGUGGAGCCCGGCAUUUACUUUAUCAACCACCUGCUGUACCAGGCCCUGGUCAACCCAGCCCAGAGCUGCUUCAUCAACAACCAAGUGCUCGCUCGCUUCAGUGGCUUUGGAGGGGUUCGCGUUGAGAAGAACAUCACAGUGACGGCAGACGGCAUCGAACUGCUGACCUGCGUCCCUCGAACAGUGGAGGAGAUCGAAGCUUUCACGGCCGACUCUGCAAAACCCUUCAGUCCAGUUAUCAACAGUGAGAAAUUCUGA